AUGUUUAUCACCUCCAACUACAUCGCUGCCCUGAUGGGCGCUUCCAUGGUCAACGCCCACAUGAUCAUGAGCGUCCCCGUCCCUUAUAGCAAGGACAGUCUCAACAACUCGCCUCUGGCAGCAGAUGGCAGUGACUUCCCAUGCAAGCUUCGCGAUAACGCCUUCGAGGCUCCCGAGACCGAGACCAUCAUCGCAAUCGGCGAGUCGCACCCUCUGUCCUUCAUCGGCAGCGCCACCCACGGCGGUGGUUCCUGCCAGAUCAGUCUGACCACCGACCUGCAACCCUCCAAGACCUCCGAGUGGAAAGUCAUCAAGUCCUUCGAGGGUGGCUGCCCUGCCAAUGUUGAUGGCAACAUGUCUGGCGGCGCCGACGUCGUCGAUCCCUACUCUUUCAACUUCACCAUUCCCGACGGAAUCUCCGCUGGCAAAUACACUCUCGCCUGGACCUGGUUCAACCGCAUCGGUAACCGCGAGAUGUACAUGAACUGCGCCCCAAUCACUGUCUCGGGUGGCUCCUCCAAGCGCUCCCCUGAGGAAUUCGAGAAACGCGCUGCUAGUUUCCCGCCCAUGUUCGUCGCAAACGUCAAUGGCUGCACCACCCCGGAGAGUGUCGAUAUCCGCUUCCCCCAGCCAGGUGACGAUAUCGAGUAUGACGGUGAACCCGCUAACCUUGCCGCGGAGGGCUCCGAGGCUUGCACCGGUACCGCUACCUUCGGCGGCUCCGCUAUCACUGCUUCUUCGAGCUCCUCUAGCUCUGGCUCGGAAUCUGGCUCCAGCUCAUCCGUCGCUUCCUCCAGCUCUACUUCCGCCCCCGCAGAGAGCGCCUCCACCGCAGCCACCACGGUAUCCGCCGCCCCAGUCCCAGAAGCUACUUCUUCGAGUGCACCCGUUGACCCCGAGCCCGUGGCCUCCUCAACAACUGCCGCAGCUCCCGCGACAUCCUCUUCGUCCUCUGGAUCCACCUCCGGUGCCCUGACGGGUAGCUGCAGUACCGAGGGUGAGUGGAACUGCAUUUCAGGCACCUCCUUCCAGCGCUGUGCUUCUGGCACCUGGUCCGCUGCUCAGCAGAUGGCGACCGGCACGGCUUGCAACGCUGGUCAGAGCGAGGAGCUUGUUAUCAGCGCUAGUAAGAAGGCGCGUCAUCUCUCCAGCAUGCGCUUCCGUAAUCGCGCGUUCGGUGUUCACCAUGCCCACUCUAUCUAA